AAUUGAUGACGUUUUACGCAAGCGGCAGUCAAAAAUGUCGUCUACUCACGAAUUGAAAGAUGUUAUUAAAGACACAUUAGAGAACCGAGGGGUUUUAGGCCAGAUUAAAGCAAGAAUAAGAGCAGAGGUUUUCAAAUCAUUGGAUGAUCAGAAUGAUUCUAAACCUCCGCUUAGUAAUGAAAAUAUGAUAAUAAAUGAACUGAUCAGAGAAUAUCUGGAGUUCAAUAAAUAUAAGUAUACAGCCUCUGUGAUGGUUGCUGAAACUGGGCAACCUAAACAACCACUAGACAGAGGGUUUUUAGCAGAAGAAUUAAAUGUGGAAGAGGAUAAAAAUUGUAGUCAGGUACCCCUUUUAUACAGUCUUGUUGGACAAUAUAUGAAUAAAAAUAGAGGGAAAAGCACGAGAUCAGCAAUGCAGAACAGAGGUCAAAGUUCAAGAUUCUUAGAGGAAUUAGAAAACGAGAUGGCUUCAGGACCACCUAAUCAUAUAACAGAACCUCUGGUUGUUAAAGGUGGAAGGAAGUGACACAAGGUUAAACAUGGAGUUAUUACAUGACAUAAUAUCAUGAAUAUGCUGUUAUCUGAAUACAGAUUUGUUCAGCUUGUAUCAUAAAGAACAGGAGUGAUGGACAGCUUCAUUGUGUUUAGAUCUUCAUUGUGUUUAGAUCUGCCAGGGUUGUCUUGGUUUAAACUGUGAUAGAUUUAUUUUAUAAGACUAUAUGCUACUGUUGUUAGGAAGUAUAUGCAUUGCAUUGGCUUGUUAGUGAAUGUAUUAUUCAUUAGUUUCGCUGAUAUGGUGAUUUUUAGUAAGAAAAAUUAAUCAUUUUGAAUACUAUUGUAAAUACCUCAUUUUAAGAACUUUUACAAUCGUUUGUUUAUUAUUACGAAAUAUAGUAAUAGAAAAAUCAUUUAAAAAUAUUAUUAAUAGAUCUACCCUUUAGUGUACCAUAUUAAGCUUAGACCAUUCUGUUGAUAAUGAAUAUCGUAAAGAAGUUGUGUCCUAAUGGCUAAGAAUUAUGCUAUUAUAUUCAGAUAGAUACAUUUAUUUCCUCCACACCGGAGAGCAUUACUUUUCUUUUCAUAAAAUUUCCAACACUGUCCAGUUAAAGUAACAUUUAAUUUAGUCUUUUUUUUUUGCAAAGAUCAGAAAAGAAAACAGAUUUUCAAUGUACCAUUUUGUUUUAUUAACUUUUUACCACUAAUAUCUUCCAACUUAAAGCUGCAUGCCUCCAGGUGACCCAAAAUAUUUCAAGAAAUUUAAACUUGGAAAAAACAUACUAAAACUUUGAGAAAAGUGAUCAAAUUAAAGAUUCAAGUGAUUAUUUAUAUCUUAUUUGCAAUUAAUGACUGUAUUUUGUAGUAUUUAUCCCCAUAUUUCUACUGCGUUUCUACUACUAACGCAGUAGGGGCUAUUUAUGCAUAUUUUGACCUCUUUUUGGUAAUUUACGUAGAUUUUAAGUGCCGAUUGUAAUGUGUCAAGUACUGUCUUUGUUCAUUUCACAAUAUUUUACCUUUAAAUACAUUUUCAAAAUUUUCAUGAAAAUUAGGAUGAAUCUGGAGGCGUGCUGCUUUAAACAAGUAGAUUUGGAUGAAUUGAAAUUUGUUUUUUUUUUUUGUUGUUGUUUUUGCAAAUAUGUAAGAAUAUAUUUAAAUAGAAAAGCCCACAGAGUAUACAUAAUUUUUGUGUAUGAAUAGUUGAUAAAUAAUUAAAUUUGUAAAAUGGGUAAAAAAAUAAAAAUUAUGAAUAUGAAA